AAUGGCGUAUCCUCCAACUUAUAGUUCCACCUUCUCUCCCUUCCUUCUUCUUGACCCUAUAAAUAUCUCUCUCUCUCUCCUCCCUCUAACUCCGCAUCAUCUUCCCCUGUAUGUGGGUUUUUCUUCUCUCGUGAUAUACACACGUACGUAUAUGUGUAUGUAUGUAUAUAUGUGUAUAGAAGUUGUAUGAGGAGAUGGGAGAUGGGUACGGAAACGCGAAUCUGCCGCCGGGAUUCAGGUUUUAUCCAACGGACGAGGAGCUCGUCGUUCACUUCCUCCACCGCAAGGCUUCGCUCUUGCCUUGUCACCCUGACGUCAUCCCCGACCUUGAUCUCUUCCCCUACGAUCCUUGGGACCUCCCCGGGAAGGCGAUGGAGGAAGGGAGGCAAUGGUAUUUCUACAGCAGGAAGACGCGGAACAGGGCGACGAGCAGUGGUUAUUGGAGAUCCAUGGAAAUGGACGAACCCAUUUUCACCAGCUCCGGCCACAAGAAGGUCGGCGUCAAGAAGUACUUGACGUUCUACCUCGGCGAAUCUCCGACCAACUGGUUGAUGCAAGAAUAUUCCCUCCUAGAUUCCCCUUCUUCCAAAAGAGGAAGCCGUACAAGUAGUAGCACUAGUAGUUCUAGUCAUAGAACCGAUUACAGCAAGUGGGUGAUCUGCAGGGUCUAUGAACAGAACAGCAAUGAGGAAGAUGACGAUGGAACUGAACUCUCGUGUUUGGAUGAAGUCUUUUUGUAG